AUGGCUCCUUCAUCUCACCAUGUCGCUCUCCCGGGAGACUUCAUCGCUGUCCUCACCCUUCAGAAUCUCUUGGUCCUGACUGCAAUCUUCAUCGUCUACCAUGCCGUCAAGGCUCUCUACUCCAUCUACAUCUAUCCUUUCUACACUUCUCCUCUACGGCACCUGCCGACCCCAACGGAAAACCACCAUUGGAUCUUAGGCCAGGCAAAGAACCUCUUUUCAAAACCGUGGAUCCCCUACUUCUACCGCGACUUCAGCUCCCGCUACCCAGACAGCCCCUUUAUCCGCAUCCUCAAGGUGGCCAACGCAGAGGUCCUCGUGCCCAACACCAUCUCCGCCUACCGCGAGAUCCUGCAGACAAAGUCCGAAUGCUUCGUCAAGCCGAGCGAGUCGCGUACCGGUGCCAUCAUCGUCAUCGGGGAGGGCCUCCCAUGGUCUCACGGGAACAUUCAUCGACUCCGAAGGACCGCCCUGAACAAACUCUUCUCUCCUCAGAGAAUGAAGGCGUGCGAGCCUCGGGUACGCGCCAAGGUCGAGCAGAUGGCCACCAUGCUUGCCGCCAAGCGGAUGACCCCCGGUGACCCCGUCGAUAUUGAAUCCGAAAUCUGGAAGGCAACACUGGAUAUUGCCGGCAUCAAGACCAUGGGCACAGACCUGAACCACCUCGGAUCAGGCGACUCCCCUCUCUACGACAUCUUCACCACAACCAUGCGUCCCACCGUCCGAGGCCACGUCACCCGCCUGAUGGUGGCCUACAUGCCCUUCCGGUCCUGGCUACCCAUGGAAGCCCUGAGCGAGUUCGCCUCCAAGUGCGCCGCCGCGCGCGAUUUCAUCCUCGGCCACGUCCGCGAGAGGCGAAGCGCCUGGGAGCGGUCUAAGAGUCGUCCCGGUGAGCAUGAUGCCGCUCUCCUGCAGGCCAUGGUGGAGAAUGACGGUCUCUGGAACGAUGGCGAGGUUGUUGAGCAUGUCCUCAAUUUCAUGAUCCUCGUCCAAUGGAUCCCCCGAGAAUCAACCUGCGAUCUCAUGAUUGACGGCGUCGCCAUCCCCAAGGGCACGCGAUUCAACCUGGUACCCGCAAUGGUCAACCUGAAGCCCGAGAUCUGGGGCCCCGACGCCGCCGUCUUCGACCCGGACAGGUGGAACCCGGAUCGUCUGACGGGUGAUGCCGGGGGAGCCUACUCCUUCGCCACCUUCCACAAUGGCCCGCGCGUCUGCAUCGGGAAGGCCCUGACGUACAUGGAGAUGAAGCUCAUGAUUGUCGAGCUCGUGUCCAAGUACAGGCUUGCCACGACGCACGUCGGUGAGCUGGAGAUGGAGAGUCCGAGUUUCACUCUCAAGCCCAAGGACAGGGUUAAGUUGCAGAUGACGGAAAUUUGA